AGAGAGAGAGUUUGUUAGUGUGUGUACACUGAGUGAAGGAGAAGCGAUCCGUGCGGAAGGGUAUCGCUGUGAUACAUGGUGUCGGAUGGACGGAAACGGGGCUCCUGAUCGCGGCGGCAAACCCAGGCAGCAGUGUGAUGCGACUCCCGGACCAUGAGAGACACCCUGACCAUGAAAUUCGCCUGGAGAGCUAAGAUGAGCUCACUGCAGGACUGGGGGGAGGAGGUGGAGGAGGGGGCUGUGUACAAUGUGACGCUGAAGAGGGUCCAGAUCCAGCAGGCUGCCAACAAGGGAGCGCGAUGGCUGGGGGUGGAGGGGGACCGGCUGCCCCCUGGCCACACGGUCAGCCAGUUGGAGACGUGCAAAAUCCGCAGCAUCCGCGCUGGGACACUGGAGCGUCUGGUGGAAACGCUCCUGACUGCCUUUGGUGACAACGACCUCACCUACACCAGCAUCUUCUUGUCCACCUACCGUACCUUUGCCAGCACUGAGACCGUGCUACAGUUACUUCUGGACAAAUAUGGGAAUGUGGAAGACAGUGAAGAGGAGAAUGGCCAUUGUCGGCCCUCUGGCACAAGGGGGGCAGUCCGGAAUGCCCUAGCCUCCAUUCUCCGAGCUUGGCUGGACCAGUGCCCUGAGGAUUUCCAGGAACCACCAGAGUACCCCAACCUGCGGAGAGUGAUGGAGUUCCUUCAAAAGGCAUUUCCGGGCUCAGAGACACUCCGGAGGGCAAGGAGCCUCCUGGAACAGCUCCAAAAUCAGGCCAGCAUAGAGUCUGAGACUGAUGGCAGCUUCCACUGCAACAGCCCCUUUUGCCUUGGGGAGGAAGAGGAGAUAGAGGCCGAGAUACAAGGGGAUUUUCUUUCUUUUGAGGCAGAACUGGUGGCAGAGCAAUUGACAUAUAUGGAUGCGCUCUUGUUCAAGAAGGUGGUCCCGCAUCACUGUCUAGGCUCAGUUUGGUCCCAGAGGGACAAGAAACAGAACAAGCACAGCGCACCCACUAUCCGUGCAACCAUCACUCAGUUCAAUGCUGUGGCUGCAUGUGUGGUUAGCACUGUGCUUCGUAGGCGACAAAUCCGACCCCACGUGCGGGCGCGUGUUAUCCAGCACUGGAUCGAUGUUGCCCAGGAAUGCAGAAUUCGCAAGAACUUCUCCUCCCUGCGUGCCAUCAUCUCUGCAUUACAGUCCAAUCCGUUGUACCGCCUCAAGAGGGCCUGGGCUUGUGUGCACAAGGACAGCAUGCAGAUUUUUGAGGAAUUAUCAGACAUCUUUUCUGAUCACAACAACUACCUGACUAGCCGAGAGCUUCUCAUGAAGGAGGGAACCUCAAAGUUUGCCAGCCUGGAAAGCUGUGCUAAAGAGCAUCAGAAGCGCACACACAAGAGACUGCAGCUGCAGAAGGAAACGGGGGCCAUGCAGGGCACGAUACCAUACCUGGGGACGUUCCUGACAGACCUAACCAUGCUUGACACCGCUUUGCCAGACCUGGUGGAGGGGGGUCUGAUCAACUUUGAGAAGAGGCGAAGGGAGUUUGAAGUCAUUGCACAGAUCAAGUUGCUGCAGUCUGCCUGCAACAGCUACUGCUUAACCCCUGACCCUACCUUCCUGCGCUGGUUCCACAGCCAACCUCAGCACACUGAGGAAGAGAGCCACGCUCUGUCUUGUGAGAUAGAGGGGAUGGGUGAUGCCAGCCCCUCCUCGCCCAAAGCAAGGAAGAGCAUGGUGAAGAGACUCAGCCUGCUGUUCCUGGGACCUGAGGCUGGAACCGUGAGCUCCCCAGUAAAGGAGAACCCUCGUUCGCCCCCUGCUGGCAGUUCUGGGGAGAGCAUGGACUCGGUCAGCUUGUCCUCUAAUGACUCCAGCCCUUCAGACACCGAGGCCCUAACACCCACUCACAUCCCUGACAUCACCCAGAAGAAGCUUUCGGAAUCUUCCUCAUGCUCCUCCCUGCACUCCAUGGACACCUCUUCAUCAUCAGCCAGUGUUCCAGUGACCCCUGCGUCACCUUCUCUACCAGCACCCCUCUGCACACACUGUCGUUCUGCCUCUCUCACCCCUGCCUCCCCCACAUUGCCCAGCUUGACCCCUGCCUACAACACCCAAACCCAGGAUGCCUGCAUCAUUCGCAUCAGCCUGGAGCAGGGCAAUGGGAACCUCUAUAAGAGCAUCCUGCUGACCAGCCAGGAUAAAACUCCUGCAGUGAUCUCCCGGGCCAUGACCAAGCACCACCUGGAAGAGGAGCCAGCGGAGAGCUACGAACUGGUUCAAGUCAUCUCUGAGGAUAGAGAGCUUGUGAUUCCAGACAACGCCAACGUGUUUUAUGCCAUGAACACUUCAGCCAACUUCGACUUUUUGCUGCGCUUGCGUGGCUCUGCUGGGCGGCCAGUCCAGUUGCGCAGCCGCUGUAGCUCCACCCUCCCGCGUGCACAGCAACGUGGCAGCCUGUCGCUAAGGCUCAGCAAAGUCACGCUGUGAUGAGCCGUGGACAGGAGAGGCCAGUGUGUCACAGGCACCAUUCAAAACACUUCCACAACAGCACUGUGGAUCUGGAAGCUGGAGACUGUGAAGGAAGGACACUGGAGGAAGAGAAGGUGCCCUGUGUGCUGGGAAGUUGUCAGCCCAGAAGAAAUUGCGGGAAGUUCUGUGUCAUGAGAGGUGUGAACUCUGUCUUCUCGCAGGAUGACUGGACAAGAUAAGAACUACCUGAUCCUUGAGAUCCUUGACCUCCUUGAGCUUUAGCCACUUAAUUUGCUGAGAUGAUGAAGGAAAUUAUCAGACCAUUGCCAGCUGUUAUGAACUUUUUAAACACAGCACCUUGGGUUUGGUACCCUCCGUUCUUGACUGUUUUUGUCAAGUGCAGGAUGCUUACUGGCCACGUCAAACUCUGCAGAUGAUAGUCUUUUCACAGCUGCCUUUGCUGCUCAGCGUCCCCACUUUGGACUAAACCCGACAAACACCCGCUUUGGAGAGUCUGGAGAAAGGGUUCUCAUUGCUGCUUUUCAGUGACAUCCUGUUCUUAGCCCAGGCUGAGGUCACUUUCAGGCUUCUUCCCUGUGUCACAUAAGCAAUUUUCACAGCCUUUGUCACUGAAGUGCCUGCUAAAUUUGCACCCUCCCAGAGGCCUCACGUAGCCACGAUGGCUCAUAACACAAAACGUGGAGCACAGCCUGCUUGUGUAAACAGCACUGUUUGUUGUGGCGCAAGGGCCGCUUUAUCCUUUCUUUUUUUGUCCACUGCCUGUAUGUUGUUCUUUGUGGAGUAACAGAGACAGACAAACCUUUGCAUUUUAGGUCGGACAGUGCAUAUACACAAAUAUUGCAUGUGACACAAGCCUGUAUGUCAUCGUUGGGAUUGUGUUAAAUAUUCAUAAUCAUACAGGUGGAGGCGAAGGCAUGAGCCCCAGACAGGAAUGUUACCUGACAGUUCUUCUGUUACCUGAAUGCAGCACUUGUGAAUUUGCUCACCUCAGUCUUUUUGGAUACUUUUUCCACUGCCAAAGAUUUCUCUUAUCUACAAGACAAUAAUUUAUUUAUCAUAAUUUUCACUAAUGUCUUUUUUGAUAUGCCUCUCACAUGCCAUACAUGAAAAUAAAUGAGCUAACUGUG